AUGCUCCAUCUAUUAGAAAUAAGGUGCCUCGCUAUGAUGAUUGUGCAUCUUCAUUUCAAGUGCUUGAAAACAACUAUCAUUCACAAUGCUCUGUUCCAAAUGUCCUAUGGUUACUGCCCUCCAGUUAGGUCCUAUGGGUGUUAUGAUGUCAAUGGCUAUAGAUUUCGUUCAAAGAAAUAUGAGAGUGGAAGAGUAGGGCUAACAACUAUCAAUAGUGGUGUUUGUGUAACUUCUUUUGAUGAAUCAGACAAUGCUCUAGAGUAUUAUGGAAUCAUAGAAGAUAUAAUUAAAAUUGAGUGGGAAGACGGCAUGAAACUAGAGUUGGUGUUGUUUUAUUGCUCUUGGUUUGAUCCAACACCCAAUGGAUUGAGGCGUAUUGAAGAUCUAGGCUUGGUAGAGAUCAAUCAUACAUUAAGAUUAUCAAAUUUUGACCCAUUUGUGAUGGCUAGUCAGGAUGUCUACCAAGCGGAUGGUUUGGAUGGCGCCUUUGUCAUUGAUUUGAGUGAUGCCUUGGACUCCAUAAUUGCAACGGGAUCAGAUGAGGUUACUAACCCAAAAGACUUGGAAGCAAUACAGAAACAAGUUGUUCUGGAUGAGGAAUAUGAUGAAGAAGCUAUUGAAGAAGAGGAAGAGACGGAAGAGGAUGAUGAAGCAAUGGAUGAAGAAGAUGAAGAAACUUAUGAUCCAAAUGAUUUUUGA